GAUUUUAUAAUAUCAUUGUGUUAAUACGCAUUUUGCUGGCAGCAGCUCCAUCCCGUUGCAUUCUACUGCACCGGCCGUUACAGCAUUUUGAGACGUGAAGCAAAACGGAAUUCGAAAAAUCGACCGUUGCAAGAAAAUUUUCUCCAUAUCCCCAUCGGAUCCGCAAACGCUUAUAUGCAGAAGAGGAAGUUGCGUUUCCUCCUGCAAUCAAUCACAAACGAAAGGAAAAAAUGAUUCCCGAAGAAAAUGAGAGCCCACAAAACUCAAAAACUGCUAGAGAAUCUGUUGCUGUCGAAGACGGGAGAAACACAGAAUGCAUCAUCAGUCCCAGGUUCCGAUCCGUGGCCGCAAUGGCGGGUUGGGACGAAGAAUCGCUCCUAAUCGCCAGUUUCAUCGUCGAAGACACGCCAGAAAGAGAACCCAAAGAGAAGAAGCGUGGCCAUUUUCAGUUUAAGUCCCCAAAAACCAGUUCGAGAAGAAAACGCAGAGCACAGAGACGGAGUCCUACUUCAAUUCCUAUUGCCGUCUUUAACCUUGAUGAUGAAGAGACUGCUGCAGAGAAGAAAAUGGACUCAAAAAGUAAAGUUAUCGAAGAGAAGCAGAGAAAAGAAGGCAAAGCUGCUUUACCUGAGGAAUCUUCUGAUGUUUCUCAUUCGGGUUCAUCUUUCCCUUGCAUGGAUAAACUAAGGGAAGAGCUCUCUUGUGCGAUUUGUCUUGAGAUUUGCUUCGAACCGAGUACCACUCCUUGUGGCCACAGCUUUUGCAAGAAAUGCCUGCGAUCUGCUGCCGAUAAAUGUGGAAAGCGAUGCCCAAAAUGCAGACAGCUAAUUAGCAAUGGGCGAUCUUGCACAGUGAACACAGUUCUUUGGAACACGAUACAACUUCUGUUUCCAAAAGAAGUUGAAGCAAGAAAGGCAUCAGGAAUCCUGAAUAGCCAUGAAGCUGAGCGCCAGAGCCCUGAAGAGGCAAGUCGAAAUAUCCCAGUUCCCAGAAGAAUAGGAACAGUAGUUAGAAGAAGAGAAACGUCUACUCAGGUAGAGGAGGAGGAAGAGGAGACAUUGGGUUCAAGUUGGAGGAGGAGAAGAAGAGGAGUGAGCAGUCAAGAGCAGAGUGUGAGAAGAGGAAGACGAGUCCCCAGUCAAGAGGAAGAUGCCGCAUUGGCUUUUAGAUUGCAGAGGGAAGAAUUCAUGGGGGCUCUUAGGGGGGGAGCUCAUCAUGCGCAACCAAGGACAAGGAGAUCUUUUUCCUCGGCCAGGGAAGCCUUGAGAGCCAUGGCAUCCAGAGCCACUGACCUUCGCAUCAGAGGCCGCCCUAUAUAGUCUAAUUUUCAGGAUUUUUUUCAAUUAUUCAUAUUCUUUCAACUGAAAUUUAUUGUUUCAGACUUCCAGCUAUGGGUUGUUCCAGAACGGAUCUGUUUCUCAUACCAAUAAUAAACAAUUCACCUACCAAUACA